AUGACAGAUAGAGGGCCUGGUAAUUUUAGGAAUUCCAGAGGGCGCUGGAAUAAUCGAAACAUUCCAUCGAACAGUGGUCGUAAUACAUCAAAUAAUCAUAGGAAUCCUCGUAGACCACCAACUGCACACCUAAGUGCUGGAGAAAUUGUAAAAAUUGAAAAUGAUCAACGUCAGAGCAUAUCUGAAAAUUUUUCUUCUUCAGAAUUAACUUAUGGAGGGA